GCAGUGUACAGCCUACUGUUGGACACACAUUAUAGUUUAUUUGUUUACAAAGAAUUUCUUCAGUCCAAGUCAAGAUGGCGAAUUUGUUUGUCCGAAGAACAUUGUCCUAUAAUCAGUUUAGGACGUUGCACAAGACUGCAGUUAAUCACAAUGUGCCAGUACCGAUCACUUUCAACAGUUACAAGAACCAGCAAAAAUUCCGAGAAGUCCAGUCUGAAAUGCUGAGCACCUUGAUGACCAGCCCCAAGUUUGAGAAUCAAAUAGACGACGUUAAAAUUUGGAUGACAAGGUUGCUAGAUUACACGCUAGAAGGUGGAAGAAGAGGAAAAAGUUUAUCAGUACCAUUUGCUUAUGAAAUGAUGGAAGAUCCCAAAUACUACACUCCAGAAAACCACCACAGAGCACGAAUUCUGGGGUGGGUCCUGGAAUUUAUACAAGCCUAUCUGCUAACUGUGGAUGAUAUUCUGGACACGUCGCUAACUCGCCGAGGCAAGGAGUGUUGGUACCGGCUUAACGAUGUUGGGCGUGGGGCAGUCAAUGACUGUGGCGUCCUACUAACCUGUGCCGUAGAAGUAUUGGACAUCUACUUCGGAAAGGAACCAAUUUUCCCAGAUUUAGUCAAACUAACCAGUGGGACUGUGUUGCACACAGGAAUAGGUCAGUAUUUAGAUUGCGCAUCUGACUACACUAAGGAGAAGAAUAACCUUGACAAAUUCACAAUGGAGCUCUUCGAUACAAUAGCACACCAGAAGACUGGCAUCUACUCUUUCAAAUUCCCUAUGCUCCUAGCUCUUACACUAGUAAAAGACGGAAAGAAUAGGUACUCAGAAGAAGCAAAUAAGAUUGCUUGGGAUUUGGGCAGGCUUUGGCAAUUUCAGAAUGACUACAUAGACCUGUACGUUGACGAUAAGACCACAGGGAAGAUAGGCACGGAUAUUCGAGAAGGUAAAUUGACCUGGUUUGCCGUAACAGCGCUGCAGCGCUGCACUGAAGAACAACGUUCCAUCUUCAAAGAAAACUACGGCAGCGACAACCCUGAACAUAUAGAGCGCAUCAAGCAGCUUUUUGAUGAAUUAGAAAUGGAAAAAGUGUACAAAGAGUAUGAAAGUUCUGUAUAUGAAGAUUUAGUUCGUAGAAUUCGAGCUCUGCCGACUAAAGGAGAAACACGAUUCUACUUGGAAAUUUUGGAAGCGUGCUGUAAACAAAUGUACUGAUUUAUAGGCCUAUAAUGGCCUGUCCUUCUUACCAUACGUUAAUGUAAGUGAUGAAUUGACAGAACAUAUAAAGAAUGAUCUGUAAUAAAAAUUGUUCAUUAAAUAUGUA